AUGGACGAAACAGAGAGCCUUGCACCAUGGCUCAGCCCCAGCAGAAAUGAACAGCCAAAGCCAACCAAUUCUCCUUCGCGAGUCCCUCGUCCUGAGAUCUCCCCAGAGCUACCGAGCGUACCUCCACCGUCCUACACACCGGCAGGACAAUUACCACCAACAUACACCGAUCUCGAGAUGAUACCCUUGCCACCAGCCACCGGCCUGUCCAACUUCACAAUUUUAGAUUCCGACCCGGUGGACGAAGUCAUGACACAGCUCCACAACCACGUCGCCGCGUCCGGCUACAGAAUUUACAAUCCCGAGGCGGUUGCCGAAGCCAUUUCACAAGACCGGGCGCGCCGCAAGAAACCUGCAUCUCGCUGGUUUGCUAUCGGUGCGUGCAUCUUUGUCCCAGUCGUCUUUUACUUGGGAGCCAAUGGAUAUAUCUGA